GACCUAUGCUCUUUGGAUCGAUACUGACUCGGGCGGGAGUGAGAAAUGGCGCAUACAGCCGCCGCUUCCUCUCGACGACCAUGGCUGCCAUCCCACACAGGUCCUCCCGCCAGGUCAGGCAGGACUUCUUCGAUUACUUCCAGUCCAAGGGCCACACCUUUGUCCGCUCCUCUCCCACCGUCCCGUACGAUGACCCUACGCUGCUCUUUGCCAACGCUGGCAUGAACCAGUUCAAGCCGCUCUUUCUUGGCACCGUCGAUCCCCACUCCGAUCUUUCCAAGCUCAAGCGCGCGUACAACUCCCAAAAGUGCAUUCGCGCAGGAGGGAAGCACAACGACCUUGACGAUGUUGGCAAGGACUCGUACCACCACACAUUCUUUGAGAUGCUGGGCAACUGGUCGUUCGGUGACUACUUCAAGAAAGAAGCCAUCGCAUACUCUUGGGAGCUCUUGACGGAGGUCUACAAGUUACCAAAGGACCGGCUUUACGUCUCCUACUUCGAGGGCGACCCGAAGAAUGGUCUUGAGCCGGAUCUUGAGGCCAAGCAAUACUGGCUCGAUAUCGGUGUCCCCGAGGACCACAUCCUGCCUGGCAACGCGAAGGACAACUUCUGGGAGAUGGGCGCGACGGGCCCGUGCGGGCCUUGCAGUGAGAUUCACUACGACCGUAUCGGAGGCCGCAACGCAGCACAUCUCGUCAACCAGGACGACCCGGACGUGCUCGAGAUCUGGAACAACGUCUUCAUCCAAUUCAACCGUGAGGACGACGGCUCGUUGAAACCUCUUCCUUCCAAGCACGUCGACACCGGCAUGGGCUUCGAACGCCUAGUCUCCGUUGUACAAGACAAGCGCUCCAACUAUGACACCGACGUCUUCUCUCCCAUCUUCCAGCGCGUCCAGGAGCUGACCGGAGUCAGGCCUUAUCAGGGCCUUUUCGGCCCAGAUGACAAGGAUGGAAUCGACACGGCGUACCGGGUCGUCGCAGACCAUGUCCGCACCCUCACCUUCGCGCUUAGUGACGGUGGUGUACCUAACAAUGUUGGGCGUGGCUAUGUCCUUCGGCGCAUUUUGAGGCGAGGCGCUCGGUAUGCACGCAAGAAGCUAGGUGUCACCAUCGGCUCGUUCUUCUCGUCCUUGAUGCCUGUCGUCGUCGAGCACAUGGGCGACGUCUUCCCCGAGAUCACGAAGAAACUACCCGAGAUCAAGGAGAUUCUUGACGAGGAGGAAGAAUCAUUCGCACGUACGCUUGACCGCGGCGAGAAGCUCUUCGACCAGUACGCGAAGCGCGCCAAAGAGCAGAACCUCAAAGAGCUUAAUGGCAAGGACGUCUGGCGGCUCUACGAUACCUACGGCUUCCCGGUGGACCUUACGACGCUGAUGGCAGAGGAACUGGGUUUGGGCAUCAACGAGAAGGAGUUCGAGGAUGCGCAGGCGUGGUCGAAGGAGGCGAGCAAGGCUACCCAGAACAAGGACGCGGCAACCGUUGUGAAGCUCGAUGUGCACGAUAUCGCGGCGCUGGAGAAAGGUGGCGAUGUCGCGAAGACGGAUGACUCGUCGAAGUACAACCAGGGCAACAUCACGGCGACGGUGAAGAAGAUCUUCCAUAACAAGGCUUUCCUCGACUCGACGAGCGAUAUCCCUGAGGCCACGUCCUUUGGGAUCAUCCUCGACCGGACGAACUUCUAUGCAGAGUCGGGUGGUCAGGAGAACGACACUGGAGGCAUCGUCAUCGACGGUGUUGCCGAGUUCGAGGUCACGGACGUACAGGUGUACAACGGCUACGUUCUGCACGUUGGGCACUUGAAGUAUGGUGAUCUUGAGGUCGGCAAUGAGGUAGUCGCAUCCUAUGACGAGCUCCGCCGCUGGCCGUUGAGAAAUAAUCACACUGCCACACACAUCCUCAACUACUGUCUUCGCGAGGUCCUCGGCGACCACAUCGACCAGAAGGGUUCCCUCGUCGCGCCAACGAAGCUGCGUUUCGACUUCUCGCACAAGGCGCAGAUCCCGCUUCCCGAGUUGACGCAGAUCGAGUCCAUGAGCGUCGACUGGAUCAAGAAGAACGUCAAGGUGUACGGCAAGGACAUGGACUUGAAGAGCGCACAGAAGAUUCCUGGGCUGCGCGCAGUGUUUGGGGAGACGUACCCAGAUCCCGUCCGCGUCGUGUCAUUAGAGUUCAGCGUCGACGAGAUCUCGGCGGAUAUCGAGAACCCGAAGUGGCGCAGUACCAGCAUCGAGUUCUGUGGUGGGACGCACGUUGCGAAGACGGGCGACAUCAAGCAUUUCGUUAUCACCGAGGAGUCGGGCAUCGCGAAGGGCAUUCGUCGAAUCGUGGCCGUUACGGGGCACGAAGCGGCGGAGGCGACACGUCUAGCCGACGCAUUGCAGAUCAAGCUCGACCAGAUCGAGAAGAUGACGGGCAAGGAAGCGGAUGCGGCCAUAAAGGCCUUCACAGUGACGUUGAAUCAGGCCGACACGUCGAUCAUCAGGAAAUCGCAGCUGAAGGAUCGCCUAGCAUCCGUGCGAAAAGCCUUUGAUAAGCAGGUCAAGGAGCGUGAGGCCGCUCUGAACAAGGAUGCCUUAGACCAGUUCCGGACCUUCUUCGAGCAGACACCAGGUGCCCCCGCUUUCGUCUCCAUUCUGCAUGUUGACGGCAAUGCAAAGCUUCUGCAAAAUGUCGUGGCACAAGCAAGAAAGGCUGGCAAGGCUGUCUACCUUUUCAGUCCUGACCCCGAGGGCACCAAGGUGGCACAUGUCAAUUUUGUGCCACCUGCACUGAGAGAGAAGGGCCUUGAUGCCAAAACCUGGGCUGCAAAGGUGACAGAUGUCCUUGGUGGCAAGGCUGGGGGCAAGGAAGACUCUGCUCAGGGUGUUGGCACCAAUGUGGACCGAGUUGAUGAUGCUUUGAAAGCUGCUGGUCAAUAUGUUGCUUAGGCAAUGUGGGAUGAUUCAAGAUAUGUAUAGCUAGAAUGGCCAAAUCUCCUAUUCAAUUAAUUAUAUAUACUGCACCUGGGCACCAGUAUUCCCUAGUGUGGAG